AUGACAAGCCACAGUCCCUACAUGCCUUGCUCGGCACUUUUUCUGCUCCUGCUCCUGUUGCUUCCUCCCACUUUUAAAGGUGGGAGCCUCCGAUACCAUGGUCCUGGCUGGAAACUAUUCCACCGCCUGAGCCAGGGUUUCAGAAGUCCCCACCAUCGCCAGAUGGAACAAAUGAGACAAAACGUGCCCCAGGGUCAAUCAGAAGAUAAUUGUCAGGGUGCUGUCGACCUCUACCUCAUCCUGGACAAAUCGGGCAGUGUGGCAGACAACUGGAUCUACAUCUAUUCAUUUGCAGAGGGUUUGGUGAAGAAAUUCACAAACCCUAACAUGCGGCUCUCCAUCAUUACCUACUCAACAGACGCUCAAGUUAUCCUGCCACUCACCAGAGACAGAGACGAAAUGCAUAAGAGCCUUCUAGUGCUGAAGGACAUAGAGCCUCAAGGACUCACACACAUGCAGAAAGGACUUAGAAAGGCAAACGAACAGAUCCGAAAAUCCAUCAAGGGAGGCCACAAUGUCAUCAGCGUGAUUGUUGCUCUUACUGAUGGGCUAUUACUGUUAAAACCAUUUCAAGACACUAUGGAAGAGGCCAGAAAAGCCCGGAGAAUGGGAGCAAUCAUUUACACCGUGGGUGUUUUUAUGUAUAGCAAACAGCAGUUGGUGAAUAUUGCAGGCAACCCAGAUCACUGUUUUGGGGUAGACAAAGGGUUCGAUGCUCUGGAGGGCGUCAUUGACCCGCUUACCUCCAAGUCCUGUACUGAAAUACUAUCCGUGCAGCCUACCUUCGUGUGUGCAAAAGACUCCUAUCAAGUAAACAUUAGCGGACAUGGGUUUAAUAAUACAAACGACAUGAAACAACUUAUUUGUAGAUUCACAUUCAGUGACGCCAGAGUCGUUGAUGAAAGUCCCACUGAUGUAAAUGAAAACACUAUAAUCUGUCCUGGACCAAAGAUACAACACUCUGGAGAGGAUGUUUCUCUUCAAGUCAGUCCGAACAACGGCAUCUCCUUCAUUGGGAACAAACUCAUUAUAACCAGUACCAACUGCUGGAGUGCUAGGGAAUCAAAAGGCAAUUUUACGUUCAACUGGACCUGGCUGAUGUUCCUGCCAAUCUUGCUGGUGACUCUACUCUUUCUGUGCUGCAGUUGGAAGCUUUGCAUGAAGCCUAAGGAGCCACCACCACCUCCCUCACAGCCAGAGAAGGAGCCAGAAAAAGAGAGCUCUCCUUCACCAUCGCCAUCUGCUUCUGCGCCUGCUCCUUCUCCUGCUCCUCCUCCAGCCCCGGUACCUGUUAACACAAACCCUACUGUGAUCGUUGCCUGCUGUGGCUGUGGGAACAGAGGCAUGCAGGAAAACCUGGACACAUGCUGCAACUACUUUCACCCAAGCUGCCAUCAGAUGCCAUUGGUGUGGUGCCAUCCCAAGGCGCAGGGAGGAUGUCCCAGCUUCACUGUCAUGAAACCCAGCUGCUCGCAGGCCUCCUGCCCCCAAAAGCUCUGCCUUUGUUCCAAUAGGGAUUGUUUUCACCUUGCAGAACCAUCAUACCCCACAAGGAUUGUCCUUCAACCCAAUGAGGAGUGUUUCAACAUCACACGGGCACGCUGCAGCCCAAAGAUCCGCUUUCAAACCACCCAGGAAAGUCUCCCAGUUGCGCAGACUCUGUGCUCAAAGAUGUGCUCCCCUCCCAAUCAGGAGUGCUACAGUUUCAAGUCCCCACAAUCCCCAUACCCCACCAGGUAUACCAAGUCUCCCUCCAGGAUGCUACCUCUGCUCUCUCCCCGUACUCGACAAUCUUUAGAAUCCCUUUGUCAAACCCAUCCUUACCCCCCAAUCUCUAAACGACCAAAAUUCUAA